GCGGUCUCCAGCACCACAGCAGCAGCGUCAGCAGACGGACAGUAGCAGGAUUCAGGACAGGUGUUGACAGCGAGCAGCAACAGCAGCAACAGCAGCGGCAGAAGCAGCAGAAAGCAUCAGAACAGGACAGGGCGUGGUGGAGUUUGCGAUGGUGGAACCAGCGUCGCCAGGAGCAUCGACAGCAGCAUCCGUGGUGCUCCUGGCUACCGGCGGGGGGUUGCCUGGAGGGAUGGGGUGGGAGAGCGGCCGGCGGUGGAUGGGUGGCAGCAGCUCCAAUGGGCCCUGCCGUGGCGAUGCACGGCGUGGCGGGCGCUGGCAGGACGCGCGCAUGGACCUGCAGUGGCUGUGGGCGAAUGCGCGCGCCGGUAAGGGGCUUGGGCCGUGGCGCUAUCGUGGUGAGCAGCCGGCACACAGCAGUCGUCUCCGUGCCGUGCAGUGGGGGCCAACGCAGGCGUGCAAGCAGGCGAGCGGCGGCAGACUGGCGGCGGAGUUGCAGCGGGGCUGGCGGCGGCGGCGGAAAGGCGCAGCGGCGGGGCGCAGGGAACAAGAGCGUGUGCAGCAGUGGCGCCCCCGCUUGCUCCCGCCACGUGGCGGGCCCGGCAUGCUGCCUCUGGCGGCUGCGGGCCCGCUCACGGUCCGCCGCGCCGGACGGCGUCUUGCCACCUGCAGCGUCGCUUCCCGCGGCACCUGCAGCAGCAGCAGCAUGGGUCGGCUGCGCAUUUCGUGCGCGUCGUGAGGGUGCCGCCGCUGAGUCAGCACGCGGUGAAUCUAAUGGCACUGGCCGCAGGGGGUCGGGGUCAGGGUGAUUUGGGUGGUGGAGCUGGCAUCUGCCGCGCUGGUGGCUGUCCAUUCAGCCGCUGCAGUCGAGUCAUGCCUGCAGCACAGCAGCAGCCAGCUCCUACUCUGCCUCAGUAGUGGCUCGGCGAACAGCUGUUGCCUUAAGAAGGGCCUCCCAUGUGAAGGAGCAGAGGCUGAUUAGGCCCUACAGAGACCCUGCAGCGACAGCGCUUGAGCAGCUUGAAAGCAGCUACAAUGC